AUGGCCCCAACGGAUCCUCGAGAGUGGGCCCGGAAGGUGCGGUCCAAGACGCCGGUGUUGUUGGAAGUCGGACGGCCUGCCCCGCGGGCGGUGUUGAGUUUCGGUGGCUGCGGAUUUCUCGUCACGUACGCCCUCGGAGUGGCUCAUUAUCUCCAGCAGGAGAAGGCGGAGUUCCUCGCACACGCCUAUCUUCUCGGCGCCGGCACUGGAGUGAUCCCAGCGGUCGCCCUCGCCUGCGGACCGCGGGCUGUGAACAUUGAGGCCGUGCGAGAUGCCGUAGUGGAUAAUCGCUUUCUCGUUACAGACGAGGAGGCACGAAUAGCGGCAUUUACAAAUUGUAUUAACAAAUUACUACCACGUAAUGCGGUGGAGUUGGUGUCUGGUCGUCUUGCAUUAACUAUAGGAUUCUCUAACAAAGAUCCUGGGUAUAUGGCACAGUCGAAGGCAAAUAUUCAUUUUGGCCAUCAUAUUGCUCAGUGGACAGAUGUGGAUGAUCUCGCGCAGUGUAUAAUGGCAGCAACAGCACCAAAUACGGAGAAACCUAUGAUCUUUCGGGAUGCUGAUAACGUUAUGCGUGGUACUAUGAUGUCACUUAGUAGUGAACUGGAUCAAUAUUGCCGACAUAUAUACAUACACGGUUACUCUGGUUAUCGCUACAACAGACAUCAAACUCGACAUAAUAUUUUCUUUGGUCGUCAUGGUUUUCUUGCCAAUACACAUUUUUCAUUUUGGCGUCAGGCUUGGUUGGCUUUUGCACCAAAUGUUGGUGGAGAGGCGAGACGUGAUGAACUGUUAGAGGCAUAUGAUGCUGGAUACAAUGACGCAAGGCGGUAUGAACGAUGGGAAGAGGAUCCAUAUCACUUUGCAAAAGCAGAUCGUUCACCAAGUGAUGAUUUUAACUUUUGGCAACUGCGAGCAAAUUUAUUUGGAGGUAAAGGGGCUGAAGAACGAUUUGAACUUUGA